AUGAGAUAAUAAUAAAUCAUAACUUUGUUAUUUAUUUUAAUAAUUUCAACAUAAUCAUUAUAUGAUUCCAAAUCGAAAGUAAUAAAGCUUGAUAGUAAAAAUUUCAAAACAUAAGUCAUUUAAUCAAAAGAAUUAUGGUUAGUAGAAUUUUAUGCACCUUGGUGUGGACAUUGUAAAAGUUUAGCUCCUGAAUGGGAAAAAGCUGCUAAAGCAUUAGAAGGAAUUGCUAAAAUAGGAGCAGUUGAUAUGACAACAGAUUAAGAUGUAGGUUCUCCUUAUAAUAUUUAAGGAUUUCCAACAAUUAAAUUUUUCGGAGAUAACAAAAAUUCACCAUUAGAUUAUAAUGGAGGUCGUACAGCUAACGAAAUAGUAAAAUACCUUCAUUCUGAGUCUAAAAAAAUUACUGAUAUUCGAUUAUUUGGAAAAUCAUAAUCUAAUAACAAUAAUAAUAGUAAUAGUAAUAAUAAUAGUAAUAAUAAAGGUGCUGAAAAAGAUGGAGAUGUAGUAGUUUUAACAGAUGAUAAUUUUAACGAAUUAGUAAUGAAAAGCCAAGAACCUUGGUUUGUAGAAUUUUAUGCUCCUUGGUGUGGCCAUUGUAAAAAUUUAGCACCUGAAUGGAAUAAAUUAGCUACUAAUUUAAAAUCUUAAAAAAUAAAUGUUGCUAAAGUAGAUGCUACUGUACAUUCUAAAGUAGCCUAAAGAUUUGGUGUAAAUGGAUAUCCAACACUUAAAUUUUUCCCUACAGGAAAUAAGACUGACAAAAAUGUUAUACCUUAUAAUGGGAAUAGAGACGCAAAUUCUAUGGAAAACUGGGCUAAAGAAUAAAGUGAUAAAUUUAAACCUGUUGUAAUUAAUUAAUUAAUUGAUUAAAGUGUUUAUGAUGAGUUUUGUACUAAUUCAUCUGGAAUUUGUAUACUUUUCUUCCUUCCUCAUAUAUAUGAUGCUGGUGCGGCUUAAAGAAAUAAAUAAUUAUAGUUAAUUAAGAUUGUUGCUGAAUAAAAUAAACAUAAUCCGGUAUCUUUCUUGUGGAGUUAGGGAGGUGAUUAAUACGAUUUGGAAGAAAAAUUGAAUGCAGGAGGAAGCGGGUAUCCUAGUUUAGUUGCUAUUUCUUAUAAAAAGAAUGUUUAUACUGUUUUUAAAGGCAGUUUUAACGAAAAAAAUAUUUAAACUUUCCUCAAAUCCCUUGUUUAGGGAAAAAUUACUGGAUUUUCUACUUUAAGUUAAACUCCUCCUAUUGUUAAAGUAGCUAAAUGGGAUGGAAAAGACGCUAAACCUUAAGAAGACAAAUAAUAAGAUUUAUGAAUAAAAAAAAAAUAUAUAUUUUUGGUUUUAUUUUAUUUUUUUUCUAUAUUUUUAUUUUUAUUUUUAG